AUCAGUAGGUUCCACUUCCAUGGAUUCAAUUAAUCUUGAAUUUCAAAAAUUCAGAAAAAAACAAUCCCACAAAGUUCCAAAUAGUGAAACUUGAUUAUUCUUCAUGCUGAGUACUCUGUUGAAUCUAUGCAAAUUAAGCAAUGUAUUAGCUAUUAUAAGUAAUCUAGAGAUGAUUUAAAGCACACAGAAGGAUGUGCAUAGGUCAUAUGCAAAUACUUUGCUAUUUUAUCAAAGGACUUGAGCAUUUGUGAAUUUUGAUAUUCUUGGGGGUGCACUGGAACCAGUCCCCUGCAGAUACUGAGGGAUGACUGUACCUGCAUUAUGUUUUAAAGGUCCAAACAAGAGAAAAAUUGCUAAAUUAAGAAUUAGAAUUUAUUUCUGUUUUAGGUUAUUAGAUCUAACAUUCUGAAACUAUUCUUAUAAACCUUACCUAUAGGGGAAAAAUGUUUAGAGUGAAUAGGCCACUAAUACUUUUUGCUUUCAGAGGCAUUAUGUCAUUUGAUAUUUACAGCAAACCUACAAUUACUAUCAUUGACAUUUUACAGAUGAUCAAACAGAGGUUCAUUUUUACAUGAAGUAAAAAAAAAAAAAACCACAUAAAAUUGACCAUCAUAACCAGCUUAAGUGUACACUUCAGUAGAUUUAACAAUAUUCACGUUGUUUAUCAUUUGUAUAAUUUUGAAAGUUUAUGGCAGCAUUUCAAAAAUAAAAUGGCCACAGUCAGAUGUAAUCUGGUAACCAAUCUGAAAAUUCAAAUAUUAUAAACGUUUUAUAAACUUGCAUUAUUUCUAAUGACAAGGUAUAGUUUAUGAAUGUGGUAAUCAGCCAAAAAUGACUUUUCCCUUUACACUCUUCUCAUUAAGCAUAUUUUGCCCCUUUGCUUGUAUUUAUGACAUAGACUUACUUGUAGUCUCACAUUGAGGGCAUAGGUCUGCUCCAUAGCAUUAUUUCACCUCCCAAAGAUGUGAAAAAAUAACAGUUGGAUUCCAGACCUCUGACAUCAACCUGAUAUGAAAGCUCCAUACAGGCACAUUUUAGACAGAGCUACUGAAUUUAAAUUAGUAAGAGCUAAAGAAAAGCUAUACAUAAAAUGAACAGAGCCCUUCCAAGGGUAGCAGACAUAAGCUGCAAUAAAUCAGUAAGUGCUAUAGCACAGGAUCACUUUAUUCUGGCUUUGUGCUAUUUAUAGAUAAACCCAGAAAAAGCAGAAAUCCAUUUGAACUUAAUAUUUGCAAAACCUUGUAUCUAUUCUUUUAUCUUCUAGAUUUCCUUUAUUUUUUCUGUUUAUUUCCUCAUACCAUCAUCUAUGCUCUGUUGGGUGCAGAAUCUGCUUAGAUAUGUUUGAGUGGCCCUGAUUUACAUGUGGUAGCUUGCUUACCCAGAGAAAGGUAUUGAGGAGUGAAUUGGAUGCAGUUUGGCUGUGGCUCAAUAGAGGGAGUAGAGGAGCUGAGCCAGAGCGAGCGAAAGAACGUGUCUGGUUAAGUAAGUGUGUGUGCGCACCAGGAGGAGGAGGGGCGGGCUGGGGGGUGGUUGCCUCCAGCUGCUCCACCCUCACUUUGUCAGCAGGUAGAGAGCGUGAUUGCAGUCCCAGGGGAGGGAGUCAGAGCUAGAACGCCAAUUACAAACCACAGGCUUCCUGCUCUAGGGAGUUGAUCCAGAAUUGUCUUUCUGGAAGGGAAGCACUCGAAUCCUUCGGAACUUUCCAAGUCCAUCCAUGAUUGAGAGAUUAUUGCCUUCUCCCUCUGGGUUUUCUGUGUUUCUGGUAGUGAAUUGUUGCUGAUGUAUUUGCUACUUUGCUUCUUUUCUCUUUCAAGAUUUGAUCAUUUUAUAUGCUGUUCGGAGAGAAAAAGAACCUUUGUUAGAAAGGAGAUUUCAGAAAUGAUUUUGGAUCUUCUCUAAGUGUUUUUAGAGUUCUUGGGGACAGUAGCCCUCAUCCUGGAGUAAGUUUCUGCCUUUGACCUGCAUGGAUUAUUUUUUCAGGCUGCGGAAUUUCUCGGCACCUACCUGUAGUGUGGGGCGCUUGGUUUGGUUGCAGAGUAAGAAGGUGGAAGAAUGAGCUGUACUUGGUUAAGCAGUUGAAACGUUUUUUGAGCAGGAUCUAUAAAAAAAAGCAUAAUUGAAUUUGUUUCACCCCCGUGGAUUCCAGUGGGCCCGACAGCGCAACAGGUUUGCAGAUUUCGUUUGAAAUUCUUUUUUUUCCCCUCCCUCUGCCUCGGCAAAAGAAAAGAAACUAUAUAACAGGUUCAUGUUCAAUUGCUUGGCUUUUCAGCACUUAUUCUGAAGACUUUCUAAGAUCUUUAAACUUGACCUCAGAACACAGCGGGCAGUGUGGCUGAAGUGCAUUUAUACUUACUUAAGGGUGUACAUUUUAAAAGCUUAAUCUUUGUUUGUACAAAGACCCGAAUUCUCAUAUGUGUCUAGAAAUACCACAGGUCUGCUCUACUCAGGCUUAUUUGUAUUUUUUCAGGGUGUUCUACUUAGAGCCUGUGACUGAUCACCUCACUGCUCCCCCUAUCUUUUAUUCCCCACCCCCUCAAGGAAUUUGAAAACGUGUUAGGAACAGUCCUUUGUUUUUCUUAUGAGCUUAGAAAACUUCAGAUUAUAAGAUCUGGACAUUAAAGUACUUUCCAAAAGCAUCUCAUGGGAAAUCAAAGUGCUUGGCAUUCACAAGCUGGAGAAUAAAAUCUGGAAUUCCUAAGAGAGAAAGGAAAAUGGAGAUUAGAAAUAUAAUUUUUAGCUGGGAAAAAUAAUUGGGAAGCUUACUUUUUCAAAUACUCUAAUUAUGACAGUUGGAAAAGGUUGUGAUACUCGGGAUUAUCCUGUAAUAUGUGAAAAUAUAUUAAAUUAGCACCUAAUUUAUAGGCAACUUUUGGUAAAACAAAAAAAUAUAGUAUGUCUGAGUUUAUGAAAAGUAUGUAAAUUCAGUGGGCCUAGAACUUUGGCUACACCGAAAUACAGUUUAAUGUGGCAGCUUUUCUAAAUACAUGAUGUACCAUCUUUGGACAUCCUCAAGGUGUGGCCUGAAAUUUUUAUUACGGUCCUCCUUUUCCUCCAUGAAAAAAAAUUCUCCCUGUGGUCUUUAGUCAUUUACCAUUGAGAAAUUUUGUGGUGGCUUAAAAAGGGCCAUCUCUUCAUUUUCUGAGCUGGAGUUCUUCACUCUCAACUUUUGAUGCAUGGUCUUAGCUGUUUACUUUGCCUUGUUUUGUUCAUGGACAUUGGGUUUAGUGCCUGGCAGCUUGAUGCAUAUGGAAGAGCAACACCAAGUGAGCUGACAUAAUAAAAAUUCACGAUGUGACAUUCAAUCUCAAGCAAAGCUGGAAAUUCCAAAGAGAAGUGGUGAUAUCUUUACUGGUCAGAGUGAAGAUGGGAGAAAAUGACAUACCUACAGCAGAAGUUGGCUGAAAACUGCCUCUUCUAUGCUCAAUCAGGAAUGCCACCUGUUCUUGGGAAUAUACUUUAGAAAAACAAAGGGCCAAAACUACAACCUGGCUUUCUGAAACUGAAGCGUAAAUUCUCUUUUCCUCCAUUUGUCUGGAUCUGAGAACCUGCAUUUGGUAUUAGCUAGUGGAAGAAGUAUGUAUGGCCAAAGUGCAUUGCUGCAGCUGGUAGCAUGAGUGGUGGCCACCAGCUGCAGCUGGCUGCCCUCUGGCCCUGGCUGCUGAUGGCUACCCUGCAGGCAGGCUUUGGACGCACAGGACUGGUCCUGGCAGCAGCGGUGGAGUCUGAAAGAUCAGCAGAGCAAAAAGCUAUUAUCAGAGUGAUCCCCUUGAAAAUGGACCCCACGGGAAAACUGAAUCUCACUUUGGAAGGUGUGUUUGCUGGUGUUGCUGAGAUAACUCCAGCAGAAGGAAAAUUAAUGCAGUCCCACCCUCUGUACCUGUGCAAUGCCAGUGAUGACGACAAUCUGGAGCCUGGAUUCAUCAGCAUCGUCAAGCUGGAGAGUCCCCGACGGGCCCCCCGCCCCUGCCUGUCACUGGCCAGCAAGGCGCGGAUGGCGGGCGAGCGAGGAGCCAGUGCUGUCCUCUUCGACAUCACUGAGGAUCGUGCUGCCGCUGAGCAGCUGCAGCAGCCCCUGGGGCUGACCUGGCCAGUGGUGCUGAUCUGGGGUAAUGACGCUGAGAAGCUGAUGGAGUUUGUGUACAAGAACCGAAAGGCGCACGUGAGGAUUGAGCUGAAGGAGCCCCCAGCCUGGCCGGAUUAUGACGUGUGGAUCCUCCUGACGGUGGUGGGCACCAUCUUCGUGGUCAUCCUGGCCUCGGUGCUGCGCAUCCGGUGCCGCUCCUGCCACAGCAGGCCGGAUCCCCUGCAGCAGCGAACAGCCUGGGCCAUCAGCCAGCUGGCCACCAGGAGGUACCAGGCCAGCUGCAGGAGGGCCCAGGUGGACUGGCCAGACUCAGGUAGCAGCUGCAGCUCCGCCCCCGUGUGUGCCAUCUGCCUGGAGGAGUUCUCUGAGGGGCAGGAACUACGGGUCAUUUCCUGCCUCCAUGAGUUCCAUCGUACCUGCGUGGACCCCUGGCUACAUCAGCACCGGACUUGCCCCCUCUGCAUGUUCAACAUCGUAGAAGGAGAUUCAUUUUCUCAGUCCCUGGGACCCUCUCGAUCUUACCAAGAACCAGGCCGGAGACUGCACCUCAUUCGCCAGCAUCCCGGCCAUGCCCACUACCACCUUCCUGCUGCCUACCUGUUGGGCCCUUCCCGGAAUGUAGUGGCUCGGCCCCCACGACCUGGUCCCUACCUACCAUCCCAGGAGCCAGGUGUGGGCACUCGGCACCACCGCCUCCCGAGAGCUGCGCAUCCCCGGGCCCCAGGCGAGCAGCAGCGCCUGGCGAUGGCCCAGCACCCCUAUGCACAGGGCUGGGGGCCGAGUCGCCUCCGCUGCACCUCCCAGCACCCAGCGGCUUGCCCAGGGCCCCUGCGCCGGGCCAGACCUCACGACAGCAGUGGAUCUGGAGAAAGCUAUUGCACGGAACGCAGUGGAUACCUGGCAGACGGGCCAGCCAGUGACUCCAGCUCAGGGCCCUGUCAUGGCUCUUCCAGUGACUCAGUGGUCAACUGCACAGACAUCAGCCUGCAGGGCAUCCACGGCAGCAGCUCCACUUUCCGCAGCUCCCUGAGCAGUGACUUUGACCCCCUGGUGUACUGCAGCCCUGAAGGGGAUCCCCAGGGGGAGGAGGUGCAGCCUAGCGUAACCUCUCGGCCCCGUUCCUUGGACUCAGUGGUGCCCACGGGGGAAACUGAGGUUUCCAGCCAUGUCCACUACCACCGCCACCGGCACCACCACUACAAAAAGCGGUUCCAGUGGCAUGGCAGGAAGCCUGGCCCAGAAACUGGGGUCCUGCAGUCCAGGUCUGCUGUUCUUCGGACACAGCCCCAGCCAGAGCCACCGUCUCCUGAUCCGCAAGUCAUCAGAUCCGGCCCAGCAGCCCCUUCGGGGCAGCUCCCCAACCCACAGAGGCCCAGGGCCCUCCCUGAGCCUGCCCCUGGCCCUGCUGAAGCCUCCAGCCCCUGCUCCAGUCCCAGCCGUCUCUUCAACUUACAGAAGUCCAGCCUCUCUACCCGACACCCGCAGAGGAAACGGCGGGGCGGUCUCUCAGAGCCCACCCCAGCCUCUCAGCCCCAGGACUUGACUGUGCACCCAGCUUGCCAGAUUUUUCCCCAUUAUAGCCCCAGCCUGGCAUAUUCCUGGUCCCCAGAGGCCCACCCAUUGAUCUUCGGACCUCCAGGCCUGGACAGGAGGCUGCUUCCAGAAACUCCAGGCCCCUGUUACUCAAAUUCACAGCCAGUGUGGCUGUGUCUGACUCCACGCAGGCCCCUGGGACCACACCCGCCUGGGGAGGGGCCUUCUGAAUGGAGUUCUGACAACACAGCGGGCAGUCCAUGCCCUUACCCACACUGCCAGGUGCCGCCAGCCCAGCCUGGCUCAGAGGAGGAGCUCGAGGAGCUGUGUGAACAAGCUGUGUGAGAUGCUCAAGCCAAGCUCCAACCAAGAGUGUGCUCUGGAUGACUUUGGGCCCUACCUGGCACAGAGUCCUGCUCCUGGGAGAAGAAAGGACCUUGGCAAACACCUGUCUUUUUGCCACACUUUCUGGAAGCACUGGAAGAGGAGCAGUGAUGGUGGGGAGCAGGAGGUGCUGUUUCCUGCUCCCAGCUCUAGACCUUGUCUGCAGAACACAUCUGCAGUGCAACAAGUCUGUAUCCAGCCAGGCAACCAGCUACUGCCUGUGUGCACGUGUAGGCUGGAUCCCUUGAAGGCUGAGUUUUUUGAGGGCAGAAAGCUUUUUAUGGGGAACUGGGUAUUACAGAGGUGCUGCUCUUUCCCCCAGCCCUACUAGGUCUCCCUUGCACCAGACCUCAUGUUGAUACCAGCCAAUGGGUUCAGCGGAAUGAAUGAUCCCUUAACACCUCCUUCCUUAGCUGAGCUCUGCACACCAGCUUUGGCCCCUCCACGGUAAAGCUGCUACAUCAGGGGCAGCUCAGCUUUAUCAUUUUCCUUCUUUGCCAAAAGGACCAGGAGCAUAGGUGAGCCCUGAGCCCUAAAUAGAGGGAUCUUUGAAGCUUUUUCAGGCAGUACCUUCCCUGGUGCAUAAUGGAGGAUAUUUCCCCCUUCUUGUCUUUAAAUGGUUCUUAAAUUUCAGAGCCACUAUAUUAAGUCAGAGUGGAGGCUCUGGGAAGCCAAGGUGUGGAGUUCUAUCCCCGAGGUGGAUCUAGCACCUUGAAGAACCUAGGAUGAAGCCACUGAUCUUCAAACUCGCUUGUGACUCCAGCAGCCCCAGUUCCUCUGGAGGUUCAGAGUGAGAAUAGUGGGUAAACUAUCCCCGUGAAGGUCUCCUGUCUCAAAGUCCUGACUUUCUGCUGGACUUCAUCUGGGAAGUGGGAAGAUGAAAUGAAGGUAGAAAAGGCAGAAUUACAGCUGAAUGGGGACAACAGAGUUCUUCUCUAGGAGAAGUUUUGCCUCAGAGCAGAGAUGGAGAACAAAGGGGAACGAAGGAAAAACAAAGUGUGACCCUUGGGUCUGGAGGGCCCAGAAGCCCAACUUCCCAGUAUAAGCCAUACAGGCCGGGGACCCACACGAAGGUGUGCAUGCAAGAGUGUAGUUGGAGCAGGAAGUCUGGGCCGAGCAGCUUAUACCGAGUGGGCAAGGGCUGAGGGGCCUCCAAGGGGUGACAUUCACCCCAGGGCAGCCCGACCAUUGCUGGCCCCUCAGGCAUUAUCCCAUUUGGAAUGUGAAUGUGGAGGCAAAGUGGGCACAGCACCCCACUUGGGAAUCUUCUUCCCUCAGGCGGUGGGGAGAAUAGCACCUAAGCACCCACAUGGGUAUUUAUAUCUGAAGCAGACAGAAAGACGCUUGAAUCAGGCACUAUGUUGAAAAAUGUAUUUAUUUGCUAAUAUAUUUAUCCAUAAAUGCA